ACUGCUUCCUCGGCUGAACAUGUUGUUCCACGCCGCUCCUUAAUGGCUGCUCCUGCACGUGUAGCAAUGCGUGUACCAUGCUGUGGGUACACACACUCUAGCACAGGGAACGCUCGGUUCGUGGCAGAGACGCCCAAGCAAGCCGUUGAAAACGAGCCAAGUCUAGAUCUCUACAGGACAACAAAGCAAGCAGACAUUUAUCCUCUUCUCUGGCUAACACAUUGUAUCCACAAGAAGAGCAAUAACUUAAGGUUUUGGCCCGAAGGCCAGUCCAGUCCAGAGCAAAUCAAUGUUCAGCACCAUUUAUACCAUUUUCCUCCUGAUAAAGACUAAUUGAAUGACAUAAGACUCCAAGCCAUCCUUUCACUAUUAUGAGUAAGGCCAAUUCUGAGGCCACUGUCAGUAGCAAUGCCAUCGGAGGGCCGGCCGGCGCUGAAGAUGACGAUGAGGUAGGACGUGAGGCAAGCUCCCCCAUGCUGAGUGGCAGCUCGCUGUCCAGUGGGGAGCAGAAACCAUCCAAUGGGAAAAGAGACACCAGGACUCCUCGACGAACCAACCUGGACGACACAGACGGCGGGAGUGCGUCGAGUGGGAACGACUCGGCCGAGCGGGAGUGCGAGGGCCGCCGCGGCCGAGAGGCCUCUUCAUGCAGCUCGCACAAUGGGAAAGACUCGGCCUUGGAGACUACAGAGAGCAAGAGCUCAAACUCCCACAGCCCGUCACCUCCCAGCAGCUCAAUGGCGUACAGCCUGCUGAGCGGGGGCAGCUCGGAGCAGGACCCCCCCAGCACCAGCGGUUGCAGCAGCGAUCACCCGCAACGCCUGCAGACCCAGCGGGAGCUGCUCAAGGCCCUGCGUGAGCUCAAGAUCCGCAUGCCACCUGACCACAGGGGCAAGGGACGCUCCAGCACGCUGGCCUCCCUCCAGUAUGCACUCAGCUGCGUCAAGCAAGUCCGCGCAAAUCAGGAUUACUACCACCAGUGGAAUGUUGAGGAGACCCACGGAUGCUGUUUGGAUCUCUCCACUUUUACCAUUGAGGAGUUGGACAACAUCACUUCUGAAUACACUCUCCAAAACACAGACACUUUCUCAGUGGCAGUGUCCUUCCUGUCAGGGAAAGUGGUGUACAUCUCACCCCAGGCCUCCUCCCGGCUGUGCUGUAAACCUGAGCAACUGCAGGGGGCGCUCUUCUCAGAGCUGCUGGCGCCACAGGACGUCAGCACUUUCUACAGUAGCACCUCUCCCUGCAAGCUGCCAGCUUGGCCCUCCUGCAACACCUCUGACUUUCCAGGCGAUUGUACUCAGGAGAAGUCCAUGUUCUGCCGGAUCAGUGGUGCGAAGGGGAGUGAGGUGGAGGUGCGCUACUACCCCUUCCGUCUGACUCCUUACCAGCUGACCCUGAGGGACUCGGACAACUCCCAGCCCCAGCCCUGCUGCCUUCUCAUCGCUGAGAAAGUGCACUCAGGAUACGAAGCUCCUCGUAUCCCUGAUGAUAAAAGAAUAUUUACUACAAGCCAUAGCCCGAGCUGUGUCUUUCAAGAGAUCGAUGAAAGAGCUGUACCUUUGCUGGGAUAUCUGCCGCAGGACCUGGUGGGGACUCCCAUGUUGUACUACCUUCACCCCGAGGACAGGCCCCUUAUGCUGACCAUUCAUAAGAAGAUCCUUCAGUUUGCAGGCCAGCCUUUCGAUCACUCUUCCAUGCGUAUGUGUGCGCGGAGUGGGGAGUAUCUGACCAUCGACACAAGCUGGUCCUCUUUCAUCAACCCCUGGAGCCGCAAAGUGGCCUUCAUCGUGGGACGGCACAAAGUCAGAACGAGUCCACUGAAUGAGGAUGUGUUCACGCCCCCUGGUGGCAAUGAGGUGCGCAGCGUGUCCCCGGACGUGGCCCAGCUGAGCGAGAAGAUCCACCGUGUGCUGGUGCAGCCGGUGCACUGUGGCAGCUCGCAGGGCUACGGCAGCCUGGGCAGCGGCACCGAGCAACACGCCAGCACCGGCUCCUCUAGCGACAGCGCCGGACGCGGGAACGAACUCCGCAGCCUCUCUCAGAACCAACUCAGACCCAUGACUUUCCAGCAGAUGUGUAAAGAUAUACACAUGGUUAAAACAAGCGGCCAGGAUGUCUUCAUGGAGUCACGAAACAGACCACCACCUUGUAAAUAUUCUAGCUUGGUGGUUCGAGCAAAUCUGCAGAAAUCUGUAGAAAAUUCCAAAGAGGUACUUCAGGGGGCUCCACCCUCUCUGAAACCCCUCCCUGUAUCAACACCCCCUCCCAGGAAAGAACGGGUCACGGCCUACUCGUACCAGCAGCUGAACUGCCUGGACAGUAUCAUAAGGUACCUGGACAGCUGUAACGUGCCCAACACAGUAAAGAGGAAGUGUGGCUCAUCCUCUGGCACCACCUCCUCCACCUCUGAUGACGACAAGGUCACAGGUAUAACGGAGACGCUGGUGGUGGCCGACGGCUCCAAACCUGCUCUAUCUCCCCUGGCGCUGCACUGUAAGGCAGAGAGUGUGGUGUCUGUCACCUCCCUGUGCAGUUUCAGCAGCACCAUUGUCCAUGUUGGUGACAAGAAACCCCCAGAAUCAGAUAUCGUCAUGAUGGAAGAGGCUCCAACCACGCCCACCCUCACACCAACCCCAACCCCAGCCCCCUCCACGCCAACUCUAGCUACCAGCAGCAUGACCCAGCCACCUCCCCUGCCCUCCGCCUCCCCGAGUACCUCUACACUCCCUGGCAAGGACACCCGCAGAACAGGGUCAGCAGCAACACCAGGAGGAGGUGCUGGCUUGGCUACAGUGGGCCUGACUAAGGAGGUGCUGUCUACUCACACACAGCAGGAGGAAAAGGCCUUCCUCAACCGUUUCAAGGGCCUGAGUGAGCUGCUUGUGCCGCAGCCCAAGCCCAGUCCUCCACCUGCAGGCAAAGGUGUUCGUAGCUCUCAAGAUUACCCAGCAGGAGGCACCAGUGGGCGGAAGCGAGGCCGGGGAGGAAAGAGGCGGAAGCACCAGCCCGAGGGCUCCCAUCUUGGCAGUUACCCCGCGCCCUUCACUAUGCCUCCUCGACCCCCCACGGCCCUGUUCAACCCUGGCUGUUUCCCCACCGGCCCGCACAUCUCCAUGGGCCCCCAGACCUCCUCCUCCUCAUGGCCGUCCUCUGUGGGCUCCCAUGCCAGCAUACCGCCCACAAACCCUCAAUUUGCCCCCGGCUGCCUGCCUUAUUAUCCCAUCUACCCGCCCCAGAUGCCCCACAUGCCCCAGAUGCCGACCUCACAAGUAAUUCCAUCCAUGCUCCCGCCGGUUAUGGCGUUAAUUCUGCCCAACUACAUGUACCCUCAGCUCGGUGGGCUGCCACAGCUGAACCUUGCUGGCGCCGCACCGCUCAACACUCCCAUUCCAAACCUCAACACUGCAACUGCACCCCAGCCAAUGCCCCAGCUAAACCCUUUCACCCCCCAGUUUAACCCUGCUAUGCCACAAAUGAACCCAGUUCUGAACCCAGCAGCAGUGGGCCAUCCAGGUUUAAUGCCAUCAUUGAUGCCAUUUAAUCCCACCAUGCCUGCUGUCCCGCAGCCCUUCUACAACCCAAAUAUCAUGUACCCCCCGUUCCCAAAUACAGUCCCCAUGACCCCCGCCUCUGGGAACCUCUUCACCCAUGGCCCGUCACGCUCCUGUACGCCCCAGUCGGGCGGGGGGCUAGCCAAUGAGGAGCGAGAUGAUGCAGACUCACCCCUCUUCCACUCGCGAUGCUCCUCCCCGCUUAACCUGGUCCAGCUGGAGGAGCUGGCCGGCACCAAAGCCGAGGGCUCAGCGAUGGGACUGCAACAGACCCCACCCCCGGUGGGAGCAGCGUCCCAGGGGAUGUCAGGAAGCAACUCCAAUGGAGACACCAAUGGAGAUGACGAUAAUGUGGAAACCAAUGAGUCCAACCAGGAUGCCAUGUCAACCUCCAGUGACCUUCUGGACCUUCUGAUGCAGGAGGACUCCCGUUCAAGAACUGGUUCUGCCACCUCUGGGUCUGGUUCUUCCGGUUCUGGUUUGGGAUCCUCAGGCUCUGGAUCCAAUGGAUGCAGCACCACAGGGAGUGGUAGUGGAACCGGUAGCAGUAAUACGAGCAAGUACUUUGGCAGUGUGGACUCCUCCGAGAACGACCACUCCCACAAGCAGCAGGCAGGAGACGCCACAGACGACCAGUUCAUCAAGUAUGUCCUCCAGGACCCCAUCUGGCUCCUUAUGGCCAACACAGACGACAAGGUCAUGAUGACCUACCAGCUGCCCAGCAGAGACAGGGAGACGGUUCUUGCGCAGGAUCUGGCGGCUCUGAAGGCGGUGCAGAAGCAGCAGCCGCGCUUCACCGAGCAGCAGAGGAAGGAGCUGAGCCAAGAGCACCCGUGGAUCCUCACCGGAGGCCUGCCUGACGCCAUCAACGUCACGGCCUGCACAGACUGCAGUGGCACCAAGGUCAAACCUGUAUCACCGCUAUUCCUCAAAGACAAGCUCCAUCUCCAGCUGCCGGAGGAGGUCGACACCACUGGUCACACAGCCAGGACCUCCGCCGCCAGCGCCUCCUCCGCCCCCCCGUCGGACGACGUUGCAGAAGCAGAAGAGGCGGAGCGUCUGCCCGUGAGGCCCAGCGACGAGGAGCUGGAGGUGACGUCGUCCGCGGAGGUGUGUGCGGAGGAGUGAGGAGCACUCCGACACAGCGCCACCAGCAGGGGGACCAAGGAGUCCCAGAGAAUCACCAAUGCGGUCGACAUGCGGUCGACAUGCAGUCAUGCCUCUUAGAGCUAAGGUUCAGGCCAGCUCGGCACACACCGCAUACUGACUGUUAAUACUAGAGCUUGUGCUGUUCCACAUGGACAAGACCGAUACUGACCCAGCUGAGUGCACUCAGUUGUGUUGGUUAAGGUUUGUCAAUCCAGAGGGUGGAUCCAAAGUCUGAAUUACCGAAAUUUAGUGAUACUUUGUGUACCUGGACCAAGUGAAACAUGAGCUUGACAAAAGUCUGCAAAGAGGUGGUGGUAGGAAAAUAUGUCGAUAUAUUCCAGUGGUGAAGUUUACCAAGGGUCUAACGGCAUGCGCGCUUAAUCUGUGUGUGCGCAUUACCGAACUAAUGUGCAGGGGAGUGGGAAGUAAGAGAGAGGCCAAAGUAAGCCCUUCAGUCAUUAUUACUUGGGUUCCCACUCACACUGGAUGGAAUGAAAUGUACUUGAAUUUGAGACAAAUAUUUAAAGGUGCAGUCUGUAAUUCUAUUCUACACUUUUUGUCAAAUUCAGCUAAUUGCUCCAAACGGUCCUCUAGCUGUCCAUUCAGUGUUUUCGCGCCAAAAGAAACUCCUGUUUUCGUACACAGUCCUGACUCUGUAAAUGGGAAACAAACUGGUUCAGAGCGAGCCAUAACCAAUCCCAGCCAAUCAAUACAGAGCUUAAGGAGCACGGAAAGGAGGGGUAAAAUUAGUUUUAUCUGUUGAGCACAAAUAUCAACAACCUUUUGUGAAACUGAAACCGAAUCGAAAACGUCACCUUUAAAGAUAACAUACUAAAACGUUACCUUUGCCUGAAGGGUUUGGAGGGUGCCUAAAAUUCCAGUCAAAGUUUGCAUUGUCAUAGUGAACAAUGUUGGGGAGCUGGUCUCCCUUAAACCGGUGAUUUUGUUCACACUGCCCCUUUAAACUUAUAUUAUAUGGGAAUCGGGUUAGCAUUGUAUUUCCAUAUUUCACCAAGAGGCACUCAAACAAUAAGAACCCUGGGUUUAGGGGGAGGCAUGCUCGACAGUUUUGUAAGUACUUUAUUUAGAUGUUUCUUUAAAAGAACUUAUAAAAAAAAUUGUAUCUGUCGUAAUGUAUAUUUGUAAUAUUGUGCUCUCUGUGUUUGUAUAUGUGUAUACAAAGCCCAGUCAGUUGGUCUGUGGGUGUAUAGGAGACUGAGAGCUGACGCACUUUUAAAAUGUGUUGUAAUGGAAGUCCUAUGCCCAGAAGACUGCUGUGGUUUAAUAUGGGCUGUUGAAUUACUGUGUAUUCUGUAUAUAGAUGCUCUCGAAGUUUUUCCCUUUUUUGUUUAUUUGAGACUUAAAUUAUAUUUUUGUAUUUUAUUUUAUUCUUUUCAGAGAAUGGCCCUUUGUAAAAUAUUUUGUUUUGUUUUUGGGCAAAGGGACAAAACUACACAAAUGGACAGAGCCUCCGAUUUCUCAGGAGCUUAGAUAUGCGUUCCCAUGGUAACGCCAUUGUGUUGCUGAGUAGACAGCAGUACUUGAGGAAGGAAAAAGAAAAUAGAACAAUCUCGCUUUUCUCAAGAUGAUGAUGAUGGUGUGUGUGAAAGCAGGCGGAGAUAUCAAGGCCAGAAGUGUACAUAAAAACAGGGCGGAGAUAACCCAAUACACGGUUACUUUUAUUUGUGAAGCAAACAGUAUCAAUGUCCAAUUGCUUAUUCUCCUACUGUGUUUUGCGUAAGUGGCAGGUCCCUGAGUCGAGUCAGGACUGGUUAGUGUUCUGUAGAUGUUCAACACAAGGCAGUCCUAGUCGCUCACAUUUAGAUAGUGAUUUUGACAUACUUCAUAGGAGGCUGCCUUUCCAUGACUUAAUGUGUAGCACCCCCCUGGACAAGGCAAUGGCAGCCAUUUACUGCCGGGACGCCUACCACAUAGUGGUCAUCUGGUGGGGAGGCAAGCAGACUGGUUAGAGAUUAGAUUGCAUCAGGCAUAUUUUAGGGAGCCUGAAUAUAAGAAAGAAGCCAUGUGGGCCAGGACACUGGGUUUACCACUUACCAGUAUCUAGUACCAGGACCACAUCUCAAAAGGUUAACUGUUUGUGUUUGUGUAUAUAUACGUGUAUGGGGAGGUCUCUUUAACAUGUUGUAGCAGUGUGAUCAGGUGUUACACAGCCCAGGAGAAAAUUUGAGAUUUGUUGUUUUUCUGUCUGACUACUUUUUUUGUAAAUAAAGUGUAUUUGAUUCUA